AUGCUGCUUUAUGGGCAAGAUGGCCUCCAUGCAUCGUGUGAAAAGAAAUAUUGUGGCCGUGGGAGUAAGUGUGUUGUGAAUAAAGAGACUGAUAAGCCUGAGUGCAGGUGCAUAGAUGACUGCAAGCCCAGUUACAUGCCGGUGUGUGGCUCAGACGGCAAAUUCUACGAAAAUCAUUGUGAACUACACCGAGCGUCAUGUUUGCAAAGGAAGAAGAUCUACAUUAUUCACAGCAAAGACUGCUUCUUCAAAGGUGACACAUGCACAAUGGCAGAUUACACUCAACUGAAGAGCAUCCUGCUGGACCUCCAGGCUCACCGCCAGAGACAGCAAACUUACCCAGUGGAGGACAGAACCCAGAAGCGCAUCUUAGUUGAAGAUAUGUUUAACCACUUGGAUAUAAAUGGUGAUGGACACCUCAGCAGCUCUGAAUUGGCGCAGUUGAUUCAAAGGGAAGAUCUGGAAGAUGAUUUCUUGGAUUGUACAGCAGAAGACCUUCUCCGUUUUGAUGACUAUAAUAAUGAUGGCUACCUAACCCUGCAAGAACUCUACACUGCGUUCCAGGUGGUCCAACUUACCCUUGCUGAAGAGCAGAAGGUCAGCAUUACCACAGUUACGGUCGGGCUCAGCACCGUCUUGACUUGUGCUGUGCAUGGACCCCUGAGGCCUCCGAUCAUCUGGAAACGCAACGGCGUUAUGCUGAACUUUUUAGAUCUGGAAGAUAUCAAUGAUUUCGGAGAUGAUGAUUCCCUCUACAUCACCAAGGUAACAACUAUUCACAUGGGCAAUUACACGUGUCAUGCCUAUGGCUAUGAAGAACUGUAUCAGACCCACAUUCUUCAGGUGAAUGUGCCACCCGUGAUUCGCGUCUAUCCUGAAACCCAGGCACAAGAACCUGGGGUAUCAGCGAGCCUCAAAUGUCAUGCUGAGGGCAUUCCAAAUCCCAAAAUUUCCUGGUUAAAGAAUGGUAUUGCCAUCACACCAAAAUUGUCCAAGCAACUGAUGCUGUUAGCAAACGGAAGUGAACUUCACAUCAGUAGUGUUCGGUAUGAAGACACAGGUGCCUAUACUUGUAUUGCUAAAAAUGAUGUGGGAGUAGAUGAGGAUAUUUCUUCUCUCUUCAUUGAAGAUUCGGCUAGAAAGACCCUUGCAAACAUACUGUGGCGAGAGGAAGGACUCAGUGUGGGAAACAUGUUCUAUGUCUUUUCUGAUGAUGGAAUCACAAUAAUUCAGCCAAAUGACUGUGAGAUCCAGAGACACAUCAGACCAAAUGACAAAGUUUUCACCAGUUAUGCAGAAAUAUGUCCUAGAGUUGAAGGUGAUGCCAUUAAGUCUUGCCUCUGGGCUUCGGCUGUCAAUGUCCGAGACAAAUAUAUUUAUGUAACACAGCCUAAGUGGAAUAGAAUAAUGAUCCUUGAUAUCCAGACUCAGAAAGUCAUUCAGUCCCUGGAUAUUGACCCUCUCCCUGUCAAAUUACAUUAUGAUAAAUCACAUGACCAAAUUUGGAUACUUAGCUGGGGAGAUAUGAAGAAAUCUCAUCCAACACUGCAGGUGGUCCCAGAAGCAAGUACAGGAGAGAACUGGCAUGUUAUUCGCACGCAUCUGAAUGGAAUGGAUGAUUAUUUUAUCCCACAUACAAACCUUAUUAUCAAUCACAUCAGAUUUGGUUUCAUCUUUAACACGUCGAAAUCGGCAGUUCACAAAAUUGAUCUGGAAACCGUGUCUCACAUCAAGACGAUCAGCUUCAGAAACUACAGUUGCUUGCCACAAGCCAUGGCCUAUACCCACCUGGGUGGCUACUUCUUUGUUCAGUGCAAAGCCAGUGCAUCGACGCCAGUAACGCCACAGCUUAUAAUUGACAGUGUCACAGAUUCCAUCAUUGGCCCCAACAGCGACAUAUCAGGCACUCCCUACAUCUCCCCUGAUGGACGCUAUUUGGUCAGCGCAGAUGAACACAGCGGGAGGAUCAGAGUCCAGGCAAUCACAAUCCAAGGGGAAAUCAAAUUGAUUUAUGACUUACAAACCACUAUGCACAUAUCUGAUCUGACAUUUCAGUCCUCCUUCACCGAAGGCAAUCAGUAUUAUAUAUAUGCUUCUUCACAUUUGCAAACAGAUGUGCUUUUUGUGGAGCUGUCAACAGGGAAAGUGGACGUCUUGAAGAAUUUAAAAGACCCUAUCACAUCCAAAGACUGGCCCUGGAGCAGCUACAACAGAGUUAUCCAAGACAGUGGAUUAUUUGGGCAAUACCUUAUAACACCAGCAAAGGAUUCACUAUUUAUAAUUAACGGGCGACAAAACACAUUACGCUGUGAAGUUUCAGGUAUCAAGAGGGGCAACACAGUGGUUUGGGUUGGAGAUGUAUGA